ACGUGUUUCAUUGUAUCAUGUACAUUUGUUGAAAUGGGCUCGACUGUUGCUCGGUAGUUUGGAGUUUGCCCGGUUCUCGGCGGAGUCGCGGGAUCUUUAGCGAAGCGUUGCGGUGAUUCUCGUGCGGGACGCGUCGCUCGUUCGUCUCGAGCUGCUCGUCAUGAACGGGUUCAGCACGGAGGAGGACAGCCACGACGCGCCGCCCGCGCCGCCCUUCUUCGGCCAGAGCUGCUGUCUGAUCGAGGACGGAGAGCGUUGCGGGCGCGCGGCGGGGAACGCGUCCUUCAGCAAGCGCAUCCAGAAGAGCAUCAGCCAGAGGAAGCUCAAGCUGGACAUCGACAAGAGCGUUCGUCAUUUGUACAUCUGUGAUUUCCACAAGAACUUCAUCCAGAGCGUUCGUAACAAGCGCAAGAGGAAGACGAGUGAUGACGGAGGAGAGUCCCCGGAUCAUGACGUGGAGGUGCCCGAGGUGGAUCUGUUUCAGCUCCAGGUCAACACACUGAGACGCUACAAGAGGCACUACAAGAUCCAGACCAGACCCGGUCUCAACAAAGCCCAGCUCGCUGAGACUGUGAGCCGUCACUUCCGCAAUAUUCCAGUCAACGAGAAGGAGACGCUCACGUACUUUAUUUAUAUGGUGAAGAGCAGUAAAAGCCGUCUGGACCAGAAACCAGACGCGAGCAAACAAGUGGAGUGAGGUUCCCUCGCUGCUUCACUUCCUGUGUCUGUGUCCACACGGGACGCCCUGCAGUGAUGAAGAUGAUGAAGAUGUGCCAAACCCACGGGGACAUCAUUAACCCCCGGCGUCUCUGAUGCUCAGACUUCACCGUGUGUCCAGAGAGGACCUGAUUGAAAGCAUGAGAGACUGAGUGACUGCAGAUCUGUUCUCUGAUGCACUGUGACACAAACACGGCUCUGCUUUUAUAUGACUGCUGCAUAUCUAUAUAGCUGUUUUUGUAGAUUGUAAUGUUAGUUUCCUCUCUUUCUUUGUUUCUAAAUACAGUUCUUGUGGCACUACUAACAUCUGGCCUGAUUGUGUGUAAAUGUGUCACGCUUCAGCUGUAAUAUCAGCUUAUAAGACAUCAGAAGAAUGAAUCUGGUGAGCCUCGUCCAAACACAGCAGUUAUUUCUCUCUCUAGAAUGUGUUAUUAUGCUGGAAGCGUGCAUGUUAUUAGUAUAAACCCAAGCACUUUACCUGCGAUCUCAGUAAUCUGCUCAGAGUUUGGCUUUCAAGCAUUUCUUUUUUAAUAUUUUUUUCAGCAGACCGAAGUUAGUUUUCUAGUGCGGCAGAAUAAAAAUGUUGAACAGACAGGUUACGAGUUGAAGGAAGUCAUUUCUAAUGAAUAAAAGGUAAUGACACAGACAGAUCUGGAGAAGCAGACAGGAAGUCAGGUAUGAUGUGCUCGUGUUCAUGAAGCGGUCAGAUUCGGAGUGUAUUCUACGAGUCCUUGCUCCAGUAAUCUCAGAAGAGACACACACACACACACUCGUGACACGGUGAUUAAUCACAGAAAUGAAACACAAGCCUCACAUCACAGCUCAUACAGGAACGUUACUGUGAUUUCACAUUCUAAUUGAAGUCAUCAAGACUGUUGUGGAGGAAUGUAAUGUGGAGAACAGAACUGAAGUGAAGAAAGACUGAUGAAAGACAUUUAGGGUCAGUUCUGGUAUGCGCACUCCUUUUUUUUAUUAUUACACACCUUCAAAUGUAUUAAAAUAAUAUAACCAAACAAACAAAUAAAAAUUUCCCAAUUUUUGACCACCACCUGCCCAAUCAAAAGAAGAACAAUCGGUUCAGCCAUUUGAACGAAUCGGUUGGAUAAAUGAUUCAGUGAUUCACUCAUUAAGAGUCAAAUGUUUCUGGGUGAAUCAUCUGUUUGAAUGAAUCGGUUGAAUCUCAAUGACUCACUCAUUAACAUUCACUUGCUGUCUGUUUUAAUGGCGGUUUUUUAUUUCACAUUUCGACUAUUUUUUCAUGUUUGAAAUAACUUAAAAUAUCAGUGUUUAACAUUUUAUGUUUGAAAUCAUUAUUAAUGCAUCAAUAACUCCAUCCAUGAUAUACAAUAAACUGUAAAUGCUAUUCCAGAAAUGUUGUAUUAUGUGGAAUAAAAGACACUUGGUACA